UGAAACAAAGGCCACCAUGAAUCUGUUCGGCAGAGACGCCAUGACCACAAAGAAGGAGAAGGAGAAAGAAAUUCAGUAUGAGGAGCCUCCAGAUGGAGGCUGGGGCUGGAUGGUGGUGCUCCAUUGUUUCCUGGUAAAUGUUCUUGUGAUGGGCACCCUCAAAAGCUUUGGGAUCUUCUUUGUGGCAUUCCAAGAUGAGUUUGGAGGUUCGGCAGAGAGCAUCAGCUGGAUCGGUUCCAUCAUGUCUAGUUUACGUCUGUCUGGAGCUCCCAUUGCCUCGGUGGCCUGCGCCAAGCUGGGACCGCGGGUGACCUCCAUCUCUGGGGCAGUGCUAGUUAGUGGAGGCUUCAUCAUAAGCAUCUUUGCCAACAGUGUAGUUUACCUCUACAUCAGCAUGGGAGUGAUAGUCGGAAUGGGCUUUGCACUACUAUACCAGUCAUUUUCAGUAAUCACAGCGCUGUACUUCAGAAAACGGCUGGCAACCGCGUACGCGAUUGGUCGAUCUGGAAUGGGUUUGACCUUUGCCCUGGCCCCGUUCACCCAGCUGCUCUUGGACCAGUACGCUUGGCAAGGUGCAAUGCUGAUUCUCGGCGGCCUCAUGCUGAACCUGGUGGCUUCUGGGAUGCUUUUGAGACCCAUUAAUGUGAAGCCACCUGUAACAAACUCUACGUCUUCGCCUAUGCAAAAGAGCCCUUCUAUUUCCCUUAAGAGCUCUGCAGAGAAGGAAUACCCUAAAAACUGCUUGAGCAGCUCUUCUGCUCUGUCCAAUGGUGUCUCCAAAUCUGAUUCUCUCCAGUCCUCUCCUACGCCUCACAGGGACACUGAAAACUUAAAAGAACAAUCCAUUCAUGGACAAGAGAACCAGUCAUUGAACCCUGAAUUGACUAGACUGGUCCUCAAUAAUAGAAAUGGCCAUGAGCCCCCACAUGACUUAGGUCAGUGUAAGGCUGCAAGUCCAGACAGCCCAGCGGAGAUGAAUGGUGCCAUGAAUGGCUCCACCACUGUUGGAGUUCCCUUACACGCCGGUGCGCCGACUGGAAUGGCUGAUGUUAAACCUAAAUUAUUGGACUUCACCUUGUUGAAGGACCCUUUCUUUUGCAUCUACACUUGGUCCUUGGUGUUCAGUCAACUGGCCUACUUCAUCCCGUACUUCCACCUGUCUGCCAGGGCCAGGAACCUGGGGAUCGAUGCUAUGGACGCUUCUUUCAUCAUCUCUGUAGCAGGUAUCACAGAGACGAUCGCCCAGUUGGCCUCAGGUUGGGUGACAGACAGGAACCUGUUUCAUAAAUAUCACUUCCACAAAGCCUACCUGAUCCUCUGUGGCUUGGUCAACAUGCUCUCCCCUCUGGCCACCUCCUACAUACUGCUGAUGGUGUAUGCGGUCUUCUUCGCGAUCUUCUGCGGGGGUUACAUGGCUCUGUUGCUGCCUGUCCUGGUUGAUCUUGUUGGGUCGGAGAAACUCAAUAACUCCAUGGGUUUCUCCAUGUUCUUUGUUGGCCUGGGUUGCCUCACUGGGCCUCCACUGGCAGGGUUCCUGUAUGACUACACACAGACGUACGACUGCUCUUUCUACCUGGCGGGCCUCUGCUACCUGCUCUCAUCCCUCUCCUUGUUCAUGGAGCCGCUCGCUCAGCGCUGGAAAGCCAAGAAGAAACUUUCUCAAAGCCAGAGAGCAGAAAGCAACUGUAAGAUUAACGGCUGCUUCACCCCUGACCAGAAUGGUGCUGUGUAACAAUGAAACCUGGAAGUUGGACUAAGGUGGCCCACAUAGAAAGGACACUCUCACCUGAAGCUGGGACCUGGACCAUGACUUUCGGCAAAAAGAGCGAUACCAGCAUUACAGUGACACAAGAACGUACAACGCUCUGGAUAUGUGAUUAUGCAGAACUGAUAAAAAGCCAAAUUUCUUGUGUUCUGCAAAACAGUUUUACUAUCAGAAGCACAAACAUCCCAGCUGGAGGUAAUCGAGCACACAAAGGAGCGAUGUACUCCACCACCCAAUGCAACAACUAAACUGAACAAUGCAGAGCGAGGAACCAAGCUCCCAAUCCCGCCUCUGUGACAUUAUCAAUCGAAGCACAUAUCCAUGUGCUGCAUCUGAUGUAUUGAGUAGCAUUUAUCUGUAUGUGUAAAACGUUUUCUCACUGAUAUGCACUUUGGGCCAAGUUGUGACUAUGCUGCAUGAUUUCAAACUGCCAGGGAGCCAAAAUACUCAGCAAACCCCCCCGCCGCGCCCCGCCGCUGUAGCCUGCUGCUGUGUCCCAGUGAGUUAUGUCACGUAUGAAGCCAAAAAAGCACAUUGGAAGAUACAAUCCGUGAGAUUAUUGUAGGCACGUGCCAACAUUUAACUUUAAGCACAGUUCAUGAGCAUGUACGUGUAAGCUAAUGAUCAUCCAGACAUCUUAUCGUUUUCACCUUUCCUGCCUCUUUUCAGUCGGUUUGAACCCGUUCACCCCAGCUUCUUCCCCUCCACCGGAUCAAUAUUUAGGAAAGCAGUAUAUGUGUUUCAUCACUUUCAAACAGCGGGGUAGCCGGACGGUCGACUCUUUUGCACAACUCUCGCUUUAUGCUUUCGUAUAAAGUAACCCCCCACGAACCCUUCACAUGUCUAUCAGCUGCUCAUAGACUCACUUUCAUCUCCUAAAUUUAAACUGGCAUAAAGCCCGUCUCAGCACAUUAAGGUCAGCAAAACCUCACACCUAAACUGGCUUUGAUCCCCCUAGUAGUUACUAAACUAGUUUAACAGACAGUUGUGUAAGAAAUACAGCUGUCACUGCUUAUGCAAUACUGAGAGCGCAUUCACACUGCAGUCAGAAUCUAAUUCCCUGUAAUCAUUCACCGUUUCGACUGCCAGCUCCUGUAAAUGAUAAUUCUGACCUUUGAGUCUUUUUGCACGGAAGCAAUGUUAACUACUUCAGCGCAGUCAUCUGUCGUUGCUCACAGUAAUAUAUUUCAGUAAAAACAAAACUAUCCUAUAAAUUAAAAAAAAAAAAAAAAAGUUGUACUCUACAGUGCCUUGCAAAGUUAUUAGUAGUGCUCAAACUUUUUUUUCUCUUUUUUUGUCACAUAGCGACCACAAGCGUCAAUUUGUUUUAUAGGAAUUUGAUGUGACAAAACGGCACAAAGAAGACCGUGAGUGUGAAGUGGACGAAUACAGAGACGCAAUAUGUUUUUUUUUUUUUGUUUGGACAAAAUAGAAAUAUGAGAAGUGUGCCUUGAAUUUGAAUUCAGAGCCUCUGGAAGAGUUGAAAUUUGAUUUUGAAGUCUUGGGUUUGUCUCUGCCAACUUUGCAACUAAACAGAGACAGACGUUUUUGCACGUUCUGCUUUUCAAAAUAACUCGCGCUCAGACAGAUUGGAUGGAGACCGUCUCUGAGCAUCGGUUUUCAAGUCUUGCCACAAAUUCAAAAUUUUAAUUUAGAUCUUCGCCAUCCUAACACCUGUAGAGGCUUUAAUCCAAAGCAUUUCACUGUUUAUGCUGGUAGCUCCUGCUGGUAGGUGAAUCUCAGCUCCUGGAGUUUUACCUCCAUCCAUCUCCUCAUUAGCUCUAACCAGCUUCCCUGUCCUGCAAGAAGAAAAGGCAUCCCCACAGUAUGACGCUGCCAUCGCCGUGUUUAAUGGCAGGCAGAAAUGUUUUCUGCCUCAAACGUCGUUUUGUUUGUAGUUCAAAAAGUUACCGGAGCUCCAUGAGUGUUUUGCCCUCCACAGUGGCAGUUAAUAACUGAAUAAUUAAUAGCUAAAGUUGACAAGGAGCUGAACAGUUUUGUUUGAUUUAAAAGCAAUAAAAAUGCUUAUUUCAGCAGGGCUUCAGCACACAUUCUCUUUCAGCUUUUUUUUUCAUGAAUAUGUUCAGUUCGUGGAAAAACUUUAAAAACUAUAAAACUUUGAUAUUCCUUUUGUUCCAAGACCAUAAGAGAGAAAUAAAUUCACGGUUCUUUUACCAAAACGCAAACCAGGUUUUUACUGUAAGCUUAAAAUUUGAGCUGGCCUGGAGGUUUUGCAGCUCUAGAUCAGUUUGUUUUAUGAGAAGUUAGAACAAAAAAGGGCUUUUUGGAUCAUAAAGGUUCCCGGAUCCUGGUUGUGUAAUGUCAGUAGAUGUGCAGCUUUGCCACACCCAUGGAUGUUCACUAAUGUUCCCAAACAAACCUCAGAGAAUAGCUCCGCUUAUCAACCCUUGCUAGGCGACUUUUGAAGGGAAUUGACAGCAUUGGCUGUUACUUAGGGGCAUCAAAUUAAAAGGGGAUGAAAACGUAUGCAUUAAAAGCUUAUAAUAAUUUUACUUUGAAAAAAAGUUUUAAAACUAUGUAUUCGUUUUCUUCCACUUCACAAUUAUGCACCACUUGGUGUUCUUUGUCACAUAAACUCCCAUUGAAACUCACUGGUGGUGUGGUUGUAGCAUGGCCAAAUGUAAACACUUUGAGCUGGUGAGAACAGUUUUUCAAAGCCCUGUGUUUAAAGUUUCAGUGCCUGCAAGCGCACGCAGAAGAGAGAAUGUUUCAUUUAGAAAAAGCCUCAGCUGUCGCCUUUUAAAUGCUACAACUAUCGACUACCGUCUUCGUUUUGUUGGCUGCCAACUAAAUUUUUGACUUUUUGCCGACGCACACCUGGCUGAUCUAUGCAACUACACGCUCAUUUGCUUUCAUUUGAAUCAAGGCGCACGCGUUUAUUUGCUGCAAAUCCACCGGCUCUUUGGAGAAGACAUCUGCUUAUGUUUUUCUGCAAAUUGUGGUCACAGUUGACUUUGGUGGUGGUGGAGCUAAAUUAGUUUUCUACUCAGCUGUCUGUGAUUAUUUGUUACUUUGUCAGCUUUUUCUAUGAAUCUGUGACCAACUGAUUAUGCGAUGUUGCCCAGUUAGUCUAACAUGGAUAUAUAUUUAAUUUUUUUUCAGACUGUUGCCCAAACGUUCUGGUGCAAAGUGUCGUUGCGCUUAAACAUGAGGCUGUCGGUUCUUGAUUUUUUUUAAAUGUGUAUAUAUAUAUAUAUAUAUAUACACACACAUUUAAAAAAAAUAUGUUUUUGUGUGUUUUCAGUGGGUUCUUUUUUUUUCACCAUUUGCCUUACAGGGUAAUGUGUCUUUUACCAACUUUCCUGUGAUGUCAGCCAAAGAUCACAUUAGAAAACCUACUUACGACUUGAAACUUAUAACUGGGUGGAAAAUAAAAUGCUUUGGACUCUGACUAUCAUUUAAACUGGUCUCCUCACCCUGAAUUGAAAAUCAGCUGGUGUGUUUUCUCAUGCUGCCCUCUUGUGGACUAAGACGGCUCCUGCUCCAAGAAUGUUAUCUCAAUUAGCACCAAAUUAUUCCCCCUCAACUCACUUUCACAAUACUGAGCGAGGCUCUUUGUAUUGUUUCCAUGACGAGUCAUGCACUAAAGCUCUUUUGGCUCACGAGUUGCAUUCACUCACAGCCGCUAUGUCUUUGUGAUUUGGGGCCACUAAGGUUUUUGUACCAUUGAAGUAAAAAAAAAAAAAAAAAAAAAGAAGCUUAUAAAAAAAUAUGUGAUGCUUUAAAAGUAUGUAUAUGGUACUCGGUCUUAGACAUCUGGUCCUAAGGUGGCAUUUACCAAGACAACAUACGAGUAUGUUUUGUUUAUUUUUUUAACCUUUUUUUGUUUUUGUCAGUGAACGCAUCACUGUUUGACGCUCUGGUUCCUGGAUUUGUCUGGCAAAUGAGCUUAACCAAUCAUAGGCAUUCUGUUCCGAGGUUUAGAUUUCAUUUUUAAAAACUUGUAUCGGUGCCCAACUUGGAUGUAAUAAAAAUGAUUUCCGACUCGA